AUGAGAUGGGUGGGGCUAAAGCGUAAGAGGGUGGAGACAAAGAAGAGCUCUCCAAUAAAGAAAUACUUUGAGCUGGAGCCUUUAGCCAGGGGGAAGCGUUGGAUCCUGGAGGGCAGUACGACAAACAACAUGGUGGCCGUGAAGGAGAACUUCAUCCAGCUAAUCAGACUACUGGAGGACACGGACACAGGGCUACCCUCCACCACAUCCUGGACCCCCAACACACCCCCACCACAUCCCGAACCCCCCCAACACACCCCCACCACAUCCUGGACCCCCAACACACCCCCACCACAUCCUGGACCCCCCCAACACACCCCACCACAUCCUGGACCCCCCCAACACAGUCCACCACAUCCUGGACCCCCAACACACCCCCACCACAUCCCGAACCCCCCCAACACACCCCCACCACAUCCUGGACCCCCAACACACCCCCACCACAUCCUGGACCCCCAACACACCCCACCACAUCCUGGACCCCCAACACACUCCCACCACAUCCCGGACCCCCAACACACUCCACCACAUCCUGGACCCCCAACACACCCCACCACAUCCUGGACCCCCAACACACCCCCACCACAUCCUGGACCCCCAACACAACCCACCACAUCCUGGAACCCCAACACACCCCCACCACAUCCUGGACCCCUAACACACCCCCACCACAUCCCGAACCCUCAACACACCCUCAACACACCACAUCCCAGACCCCCAACACACCCCCACCACAUCCCGGACCCCCAACACACCCCCAUCACAUCCCGGACCCCCAACACACCCCCACCACAUCCCGGACCCCCAACACACCCCCACCACAUCCCGGACCCCCAACACACCCCCACCACAUCCCGGACCCCCAACACACCCCCACCACAUCCCGGACCCCCAACACACCCCCACCACAUCCUGGACCCCCAACACACCCCACCACAUCCUGGACCCCCAACACAACCCCACCACAUCCUGGACCCCUAA